UAUUUCUUCUUACUUGGUAUAAAAGCUUGCACAUAGUCCAUUUACAGUGUUAUCAAAGUUUCUAUCACAGACGUCUUUAAACUGAACAAAAAAAUCACAAGAAAGAUGAAGUAUAUACUGUUAUCACUGGCUGUGAUCUGCAUUCUAAGUGUGAAUGGAUUCAGCUUCAAAAAACGUUCUGAUGAUGAUCUUAACGAGAACGAAAGGAUGCUCCUGCAAAAACUUGGAGUUGGAAUGGCAAGAUGGGAAUUUGGCGAAGAGGGGGCAGAAAAAGCUGGCCAUGCACUUGAAAAUUGUCUGAAAAACCCUAAAUUAGAGGAAGUAGAAGAUUGCAUGAGUGAAAAUGCAAAAGAAAGUAUUGAAGAAUGCAUAGCUGAUAAUAAUGAUAAAGAGACAUGCAAACAAAUUGAAGGUUUGGUGGAAGAAAUGAUUGUCAUAGGUGGAUUUGUAUAUGACUCAGGAUGUCUGAAUGCAGAAAAUCCACCUAAAUGUGCCCACGACGAGUGCGUACCGAUCUGUGAAGAUAUGUGUGAUGAGGAGAAUUGCGAUUGCGAUGAAGGAUGUAGUGCAAUAGGAGGUCUUUUGAAAGAGGAUGACAGAAGUGCCAGACUUAACCGUAUCCGUUCCAUGUUUAAAAGUAGAAAAUUCAGAAAUCUUUCCAAGAGAAAAUAAGAGCCGUUUUUAUUGAUAAUCGACAGACAAAACAACCAAAUAGACAGAACCUAACAAUAUGAUUUUUUUAAAUGUUUAAAUAACUUUUGAAUUGAUAAAUAUUUGCAUUCAU